UAUUACGCGGCUUUCAACUGCGCGAUCACAUUCAUUAUUGCUUUUACAGAUGCAUUCCCUUCUUUUUGCGUCGUGGAGGAUAUAGUUUUGAUUCUUUAGUGCAACAGAUUACCUUGUGAUACAUAUAAUGUCUCUAGAAGCCAAUCUGCCAGGCAGAAAUUGGGUCAGAGGGGCACUAGGACUAAAGCUUUUGCAACAAGGUCUUAAAGAUCCCGUUGAUCGUCUCGUUGAACGUUUUCACCAAAAACUUUUAGAAAGCUAUGUACAGAAGACAGGAUCUCCUGCUAAUGCUUGUUCAGAGUGUACCUUGGAAAAUCUUCUUCCUGAACACUCGAGAAGUGGAUGUAUACACAAAUUUAAAUCCAAAUGUUUCUGCAGUAAUCCGGCUGGCAGAAGAACGUGUCCAAACAACUUCUGCAGCCGAUUAUAUGAUCUUAUAAUUCUUGCGCACGAAGAAAGAAACCCAAGUUGGUGUAACACUGACCCAAAUCGAUGGUACAGUGACCAUUGGUCUCUUGCACAAUGUUUUGUGGCCAGCACUGGAUAUGCAGAUAAGAAUUCGGCUGCAAAAACUGACGUAGGUGGUCUGCUUUCAGUAGUUAUCAAUAACAUAGAUAUAAGAAGCAACAGACACAACACUGAUCACUUUGUAAAGGCACGUGAAUGUCGUAACAACAUAAUGCAUUCUACAAACUUUGAAGUUCAAGACGCCCAGUUAAUAACUUACAUAGAUUCAAUGAUAACCGUACUCAAGGAUCCUGCUUUGUUUUUAUAUGAACCAGAAGCUGUUGUUGCCGUUGAUAUGCUGGAAAAGCUGAAAGAAAGCCAGGUUACAAUCACAACCGAAGACAUUGCAAGUGUCAUUGAGGACGCUAUUGUACAUAACACAAGAAGAGCUGAAGAGCAACUUGAUGAAAACAAACAGCAAAUGAUAGAUCGUUUAGAAAACUUACGCACACAAUUAAUUCAAGACAUUAAAGAUACAGCAGUUAGAGAACAGCAACGAAUGGCUGAAUUAGUUACAGAACACAAAGAUGAUAUCACUGAAUUAGCUAAAAAUAAGAUGGCUGAAUUAGCUAAAAAACAUGUAGAUCAUAUGAACCAUCAAGAAGAGGAAUUGGAGAGGAAAUCAAAGCAACAUGAGAAAGAAAUGUCAGAAAAAGCCAUGAAGCUGAAGUUGGAAAUUACGGCAACUGCCAAAAACUCUACAGCUGAUACUGUAACACCGGACCCAUUUAUCAAAAGAACAUCUGGGCUUUCUACCCGAAUGUAUAAACAAAUGAAGAAAGAUCUAAAAACUGAUCUCAUCGUAUUUUAUCGACGGCAACAUAGCACACUGCCACUUUCUCCCCUACAAGAAGAGAAUGAUGCUCCACUCAUAGAUUUCUAUGUGACACCGACGUUAACAGUUGUUAAACCAGGCAAGGCAAAAGGAAAGGACAAGAAGAAAUAUGUAGAAACAUAUUCUGAUAUAUUUUCCAAUGAUCGAGGAAGUUGUCUGAAUAUAUAUGUGUCGUCCUCUGCUGGCAACGGAAAGUCUGCAUUCAGCAAACGAAUGGCUGUUACAUGGUGUCAAGCUCAACAACCGAUUGACAGCAAUAAGAAGUAUUUUAGUGAAUUCACAAAGGACCUAGGCGCCAUGAAAAUGUUUCCCUAUCUUUUCCUCAUUUCCCUUAGAGACAUUGUUAAAGGACAAUGCAACGUGGAUUCAAUGAUUAUAAGUGAGAUAUUAGAACAGUUAGCAGGGGUAUAUCCACAUACAUUCUUGAUACAACUCCUCCGCGAAGAAAGAAGCCUCAUAAUUUUAGACGGUCUAGAUGAGUGGUCACAUCCAAGCUAUUGCAGAACGGCAUCCGAAAUUCCACACCGGAAGAUAAGAAGAAAUUGUACUGUUUUAACAACUACAAGACCCUGGAAGCUUGACGUUGUGAGGUUGUCUUCUUGUGAAAUAGAUCAGCAAAUCGAAAUGUUGUCACUUAAACAUGAACAAUCUGUCGCACUAACAAAUAAAGUUAUCAAGUACCUAAACACUAAAAACGAACUAAGUAAACCGUACGCCGAUUUUGAAGAAAUAGUUAAAAAGAAAACAUUAAACAAACUUUACCAUAUACCAUUGAUUUUAAUGCAGUUGUUAUGUCUUUGGUACGAUGGGGAGCCAAUCGGGAAGUCGCUGUGUCAGAUUUACACUAACGUGUUAGAGUUUAUAUUUAAACGGGCUUUUCGGAAAUCAAAAGAAUUAGCAGAGAUCACGUUUCAGAAUUUGCAAAGUAGUGUUACUACUGAUAUACAAUUACCGAGAUGUUUCGAGGCUGCUUCAAACUGUAGAAAAUGCAAGUCGUUUCUUAUUUCACUUGGAAAACUGGCGUUUGAACAAAUAUUCUCCAAGGAUAGAGGGUCUAGUAUCGUAUUCGACAUUUCUAUCGCUGAACGUAGGCUGUCAGAUCUGGAAUUAAAAUUUGCGUUUGAAACGGGUAUUUUGACAAGAAGUAAAACCCAAGAUCAGAAGUUAACAUCUAAAUGUUCAAGCGUAUCUUUUAUACACAAGUCAUAUCAAGAGUUCCUUGCGGCCCUAUAUAUCUGUGAAGGGGACUUGCCACCAUCUACAAUUUUUACUGCUGUAAAUUCAGUUGCUAAAUUGCUUGAUAUUUGCAAAAUUCUGGUGUUUGUUAGUGGGCUAAAUGGAUCGAAAAUGGAUGAAAUGUUCUUUGCCAUGCAAGGUGUAAUUUCAAGAGAUGGAUCUCUUCAGCAGUACAGGAGAACAUGCGACAUAUAUUCUGAAAACAGAUGGAUGGCGGAAAAAAUACAGAAUAUGAUGAUAGACUGUCUCGAAGAAAACAUAAACUGUGGAGGUAUAGGGGUACGUCUUCCUCUUACAGAUGCCGUUAUCAGUGACUAUAAAGUAGGCGACGGGGGCUAUGUUUCAUUACUGAAACGCUUACUUCCGAAUACACUGUCAAAUAUACAGUCGGUAAAUCUGUGUUAUCCUGAUACUGUGAUCACAGAACUUCAAGAAAUGCUAAAAUCUAUAUGUACUUUGCAAAAGUUAAGUGUUGAUACCAUAACUGGAGUUUUACCAGAUGUAGUAGUCAACAUGUUAACACAGUCGUCGCAAACCUUGAAAGUUCUUCACAUAUUCGGAGACAUAAACGACAAGACGUUUCAGGCAGCUAUCCACCUCGAUCAUGUUGAGGCCUUGUCGCUGCGUUGUACAUCUCUAAAUUCACAUCAACUUGAGACUCUUUACGAGUACAUUUCUAGACGAACAGGUAUGAGAGAACUCUGUUUAGAGAAACUUGAACACAGUCAGCGUGUCCAGGAACAUUCUCUUGACUUGACACUGCACAACCGGCUUGAGAAACUUCAAUUAAUGCGAAUUUGUACCCGCAAUAUCAGGCUUCCUGAGAGUGUUACGUGUCUAGAAGUAUUGAUUUGUGACGUGGAAAUGAUUGAGAGAAAUAUCAAAAUGCUGUCUGACGCGGACCAUUUGGAAGAAGUGGUUCUCUGGAGCGAUCAAAGUAAGCCAAUCUCUCUUGAUGAUCUGUUCACACAACUGGUAUAUUUACAGAAGUUAGAAUUGCAACACUUCACUUUAAGUGACCUUAACGUUUCACAUUAUUCUAAACAUCUUGAAAAAAUCACGUUACGUUGGGUAACCAUGAGUAGUGCAUCUUUUCAAAGAUUUGUAGAUUCACUAACUGACCUGGAGCAGACUGUUGCUAUAAAAUUGCGGGAUUGUGAGAUAAAACCGGUGAUACCUUAUGCAAUGAUAGUGGAUAAAAUUUGUAAAUCACACAAGUUUGUCAUCGGUGAGAAUAAGAAGGCAAAAGACCCUUACACUCGUAUUUCAAAACUUGAACUUUGUUUCAAGAAAGUAUCAGAUGUUGCGAAGUAACAUAAUUUUUGUCACGCAUAUCCAUUCACAAAGUGGCAGAAAUACGGCAUAGGAAAGUUUGAAAUCACUUGUUCUUACAUUGACUGACUUUAAAAAAAUCAAGUUAAAAACUUGCAGGACUUAUUUCAUUAUAUUUUGCUUUUCACAUCGUGUUUAAUUGGAUGAAGGUCGUAAAUCUGAUUAUGUUAGGAAUAUGAAACACCACUGAAAUAUAUGAUAAUUGUGUUUUCGCAAUAGGCCCCACAGUUGUGCAGGUGGAAAUAUAUAAACAAGGAAAAUAACCCAUUAAUACGAUGCACUUUUAUCAUUAAAAAAUCUGCAGACAGUUACUUCAUGUGUCACAAAAUUAUUUAGUUGUUGCUUUGAUUUCACAAAUGGAGAUAUAACUACUUGGUGCAGGUUGUUAACUCAUCAAAAAUUUCACUUUACGUAAAAGAAAAUCUUUGCUUUUAUAGAAAGAUGUGUGCAUUAUGGGGACAUUAUAGUACUAAUAUUCUAUGUUGAAAAAUUGACAAGGUUCAGUGCUUAAUAACACUGACUCAGUGUCUCGGCGAAAUUCAAAUCUUCUUUGUAGUUGUACUUUUGUCAUACCGGUAUAUAUAUAUAUAUAUAUAUAUAUAUAUAUAUAUAUAUAUAUAUAUAUAUAUAUAUAUAUAUAUAUUUCUUUGUCAUUUUUGAAUGUGUAUAUAUUGUAAACUUAUUGUUAAGGAGUUUAGGAGUCAUAUUAAGGAAUACUCAAAUCAUACAUAUCAGUUUUGUUAACAAGUUUGUCUUAAAAAUGACUUUAAAAGCACGAUUAGUCUUGUAAUAUUUCUCGGGGAACGACCCCUGACCCUGCCAACCCUAUUCCUUACCUGUACUCCAAUUAACAAGGCUGGUAAGGUAAACUUUUCAGCCAGAUUUGCUGCGAUUUUUUGUCUUAAUUGUUUUGAAAUGUAAAUUUUUACCUUGCAGAAAUUCAAAAUAUCUCGGGGACGUACCCUGAACACAAACCCAUGCCUAACCUUAUUCAUCCAAGUUUAUCCUUAGAACCUCUGACAAACUAUGAUUUCAUCUAUAUUGUAUAUGUUAGUUCGAAUUAAACAGUGGCAUUGUAAUUUAGCUUCAGCUCUCAGCCAUGCAAUGUGUAAAUUAGCUGGAGACGAUUUGUAAGUCAGUUUCUGCUUUCAGUCUUGGAAUGUGUACAAUAGCUGGAGGUUCUUUGUAAGUUAGUUUCGGCUCUUAGUCUUGGAAUGUGUAAAUUAGCUGGAGGCGAUUUGUAAGUCAGAUUAUGCUUUCAGUCUUGGAAUGUGAUAAGUUAAGUUUAAGUUUGAGAAGUUUAUUUUUCAA